GAGGAAAGAAAAGGAGAGCCUGUGAUAACUGCUUAUGAUAAUCCAAUUCUUGAGAAACCAUAGUAUUGAGAGAAGAUUUCAAGAUACUAAAUCUUAGAGAAAUGGCUUUCAUUUGUUUGGAUCUCAGAUGCCUAUUUAUCUUUUUAAUUUGCACAGAAUUUAGCUCUACUUUCUCUUCAAGCACAGAAAUAAAAGUUAAUCCUCCUCAGGAUUUUGUGAUAGUGGAUCCUGGAUAUUUAGGUUAUCUUUAUUUACAAUGGCAACCUCCACUGGCUCUGGAAAAUUCUAAGGAAUGCACAAUAGAAUACAAAUUACAGUACAGAAACAUCAAUAGCGAAAGAUGGAAAACCAUCAUUACUAAGAACCUGUAUUAUAAAGAUGGGUUUGAUCUUAACCAAGGGAUUGAAGCAAAGAUACGCACACUUUUGUCAAGGCAAUGCACAAAUGGAUCAGAAGUUCAAAGUUCAUGGUCAGAAGCUACUUACUGGACAUCAGAACAAGGAACUCUGGAAACUAAAAUUCAGGACAUGGUUUGUGUAUAUUACAACUGGCAAUAUUUAAUCUGUUCUUGGAAACCUGGCGUAGGUGCACAUUUGGAUACCAAUUACACCUUGUUUUAUUGGUAUGAGGGCUUGGAACAUACAUCACAGUGUGUUGAUUAUAUCAAGUCUAAUGGAGUAAAUGUUGGAUGCACUUUUCCCUCUUUGGAGUCAUCAGACUAUAAAGAUUUCUUUGUCUGUGUUAAUGGAUCAUCAGAAUCCAAGCCUAUCAGAUCCAGCUAUUACAUUUUCCAACUUCAAAAUAUAGUUAAACCUUUGCCACCAGACUAUCUUAAUCUUACUGUGAAGAAUAUAUUUGAAAUUAACCUGAAAUGGAGCACACCUAAAGGACCCAUUCCAGCUAAGUGUUUCAUUUAUGAAGUUGUGCUCACAGGAGAUGAAACUUCCUGGAUGACCACCACAAUUGAAAAUGAAAUCCGCAUCCCGAGAACAUCAAAUGAAAGCCAACAACUCUGCUUUUUAAUAAGAAGCAAAGUGAAUAUUUAUUGCUCAGAAGAUGGACUUUGGAGUGAGUGGAGUGACGAAGAAUGCUGGAUAGUAGAUGGCGUAUGGACGAAAACUAUGGUAUUUUUUGUGAUACCAUUUAUUUUUGUUUCAUUUUUUAUUUUAUUAAUAACUUGUCUGCUCUUGUAUAAACACAAAGCUGUACUGAAAAAGAUUUUUCUCACAAAAAAAGAAGCUUUUUCUCGUCAAGAGACACUAUGCUGA